AUGGCUCGGCCUGACCCGUCCGCUCCGCCUUCGCUGCUGCUGCUGCUCCUGGCGCAGCUGGCGGGCCGGGCGGCCGCCGCCUCCAAGGCCCCGGCGUGCCAGGAGAUCACAGUGCCCAUGUGCCGCGGCAUCGGCUACAACCUGACGCACAUGCCCAACCAGUUCAACCACGACACGCAGGACGAGGCGGGCCUGGAGGUGCACCAGUUUUGGCCGCUGGUGGAGAUCCACUGCUCUCCGGACCUGCGUUUUUUCCUGUGCUCCAUGUACACGCCCAUCUGCCUGCCGGACUACCACAAGCCGCUGCCGCCCUGCCGCUCGGUGUGCGAGCGCGCCAAGGCCGGCUGCUCGCCGCUCAUGCGCCAGUACGGCUUUGCCUGGCCGGAACGCAUGAGCUGCGACCGCCUCCCGGUGCUGGGUCGCGACGCCGAGGUCCUGUGCAUGGAUUACAACCGCAGCGAGGCCACCACGGCUCCCCCCAGGCCCUUCCCGGUCAAGCCCACCCUCUCCGGCCUGCCGGGGUCGCCGGCCUCGGGGAGCGACUGCGCCGCCGGGGGCCCGUCGGUGUGCAAGUGCCGCGAGCCUUUCGUGCCCAUUCUGAAGGAGUCACACCCUCUUUACAACAAGGUGCGGACGGGCCAGGUACCCAACUGCGCGGUGCCCUGCUACCAGCCGUCCUUCAGCCCCGACGAGCGCACGUUCGCCACCUUCUGGAUCGGCCUGUGGUCUGUGCUGUGCUUCAUCUCCACCUCCACCACAGUGGCCACCUUCCUCAUAGACAUGGAGCGCUUCCGCUACCCGGAGCGCCCCAUCAUUUUCCUGUCAGCCUGCUACCUCUGCGUGUCGCUGGGCUUCCUGGUGCGCCUGGUGGUGGGCCAUGCCAGCGUCGCCUGCAGCCGCGAGCACAGCCACAUCCACUACGAGACAACGGGGCCUGCCCUCUGCACUGUCGUCUUCCUGCUGGUCUACUUCUUCGGCAUGGCCAGCUCCAUCUGGUGGGUCAUCCUGUCGCUCACCUGGUUCUUGGCGGCCGGCAUGAAGUGGGGCAACGAGGCCAUCGCGGGCUACGCGCAGUACUUCCACCUGGCCGCGUGGCUCAUCCCCAGCGUCAAGUCCAUCACCGCGCUGGCCCUGAGCUCCGUGGACGGGGACCCGGUGGCCGGCAUCUGCUACGUGGGGAACCAGAACCUGAACUCGCUGCGCGGCUUCGUGCUGGGCCCGCUGGUGCUCUACCUGCUGGUGGGGACGCUCUUCCUCCUGGCGGGCUUCGUGUCGCUCUUCCGCAUCCGCAGCGUCAUCAAGCAGGGCGGCACCAAGACGGACAAGCUGGAGAAGCUCAUGAUCCGCAUCGGGAUCUUCACGCUGCUCUACACGGUGCCCGCCAGCAUCGUGGUGGCCUGCUACCUGUACGAACAGCACUAUCGCGAGAGCUGGGAGGCCGCGCUCACGUGCGCGUGCCCGGGCCCGGACUCCGGCCAGCCGCGCGCCAAGCCCGAGUACUGGGUGCUCAUGCUCAAGUAUUUUAUGUGCCUCGUGGUGGGCAUCACGUCGGGCGUCUGGAUUUGGUCCGGCAAGACUGUGGAGUCGUGGCGACGCUUCACCAGCCGCUGCUGUUGCCGUCCGCGGCGGGGCCACAAGAGCGGCGGCGCCACGGCCGCGGGGGACUACGCCGAGGCAAGCGCCGCGCUCACGGGCAGGACCGGGCCCCCCGGCCCCGCCGCCGCCGCCGCCGCCUACCACAAGCAGGUGUCCCUGUCGCACGUGUAG